AUGAUUAUUGACGGGGAGAAGUAUGCCUGUGAGGCUUGCGUUCGGGGUCACCGUGUUAGCAACUGCCAACACUCCGAUCGUCCCCUUCAGCACAUCAACAAAAAGGGACGCCCCGUCUCCCAAUGCCAGCACUGCCGCUCGAUGCGCAAGUCGCGCGCUGCCCAUGUUAAAUGCGACUGCGGCGAAAAGACGAGCAAGUGUACUCACUUGCAGCCGACUCUUGAGGGCCACCGAGAGACUUGUUGUUGCAACCAUGGUGGUCGUUGCACUUGCAGCCACAAAAAGGAGCCUGGUCUCGACACCGUUCCCGAGUCCGACUCCGAUAAAGACGCAACAGCUCCUCGACCAAAGCCGCCAAUCCGCAGGCGCCGAGCCAAUACUGUUCACUCAGACGGCAUGCUCACUUUUGAUGAGAAUGGACACCACAAACCCGCACACAAGCACAACAAGGCAUCCCAGAAAUGCGGGCCGUACCAACUGAAUCGUGUAAACUCACUGCACAGCACCAGCAGCCUGGGAAGUCACUCGCCUGAACGUGUUGGUGACAGCCUCAAAGACGCGACCUCCACUCGCUCUGGUCCUGUUCGUCAGCAACGGCUUGUCAAAUCUGAGGCUGCGUCCCCGCUCAUGAGAGGCUCUUCCAGCUUCCAGCAGCUCAACAACCAACUCCCACCCCUGGACUUGUCCGCCAUCGAAUACCCGCAAUACCAACCGAACGGCACUUUCGACCUAUUUGGGAGCUCUGGCGAUGGGCCCAUCUUUAGCGCUGGCCUGAGCACCGCGUCUGUGGAUUGGAGCCACAUUGAUCUGGCUGACAAGACGGACAAGUUCGCACCCUCUAGCUACAGCCAAGCAGGCGCUCAAAGCUUCAACGGAAUGUUCGAUUUCCCUACCGGAUCUGAGCCAGCACCGACGCUCGCAGCAACAACAUCGACGUCGGGUGAAGUAUCCGAGGUAGAGGAUAACCUCAUGCCAGGCGACAGCAGCGACUACGACGGGUACGGGACCGGCAGCAACAGUUUCAUUCAUCCUGCCAGUGGCAGCUACCUCACAAAUGGCACGGGCACUGAUCUGACCGCCAUUGACUAUAACAGCUUCCUCAAGUCAUCCAAGUUCAUUGGAGCGGCUUCAUCCUUUGAUGAUAGCGGGCCCGUUGCUGGUGGCUCUGUCACUUUCGAUGAUGAUCCCGUCUUCUGGGGCCAACACUUCGACGACGGCAUUGCCACAUACACCGAAUCACCCGACGGCAUGCCGGCGUUCAACGCUGAUUCUUGGACAAUGCAAUAA